GGAGCGCUAACGGCGUGCGUCGGCGACGACGGAGGUGGCGGCUGGUGACGAAUCGCGGACGUUGUCGUCGAGGCGCGCGGAGAGCGAAAGAUCGUGAAAGGCGAGAGUGUCUGAUCCGGUUUCGUUUCCAUCAUCGGUAUCGUUGAGGGAUCCCACAGUAAGAGUAAUGAUCGCGCAACGAUGACGAUGAGGAUACGCCUGUACGUUCAUUAAUCGCGCGAUUUAUCGUGUGUUUCCGUGAAUGUAUAUGUAUAUAUGCGCGAGUGAGAAGAGCGAGCUGUCAAACCCCAAAUGCUUAUUUGUGGAGAGAUGACGACUGAUCGAAGGGAAUAACGGAAGGAAGCAAGUACGGGAAUAAAAGAAAAAAUGGAAUCUCGUGUAAAAGGAAUUCCGGAUGCGUAAAGUGGCGCUAUCGGACCCGGAUUACAUACAUAUAAGCCAAACAAGGUGCUGUUUACAGGCCUCUCUUACCAUACCUCGAAAAGAGGACAUACUAAACUAUACUUUUCUAAUGUUUAGUAUCGAGAGGGAGCGCUAUUAAGUUCGGUGUGUUGUCUAAAUCCGCCAUUGGACGCCAUAUAUGCCCCACUCCACUGUACUCUCUUCCGAUUCGCUGAGUCGUUAUAUCUUUUCCCUCACAAGUGCAAGAGUGAGUGUUCGCGCUCGACGAGGAACGCGAUAGGAGCCGUCAUCCACCUCCGUCGCGACGACGUUGACGAGAGCGCGAAGGACGGCAAGCGACGGAGAAAGAGAGGGAAAGAAAGGAAAGAGGCGCAUGCGCAAGGGCGAGCGAGAGUGGGAGGCAGAUAGGUAGAUAGAGCGAGAGAGGGAGAGCGAGGCGUGCGAAAGAUCCGUGGAUACGGCGGGGUGUCUGGCACCCGUGCGUGAAUCACGCCUCAGAAACGCUCUCUCUCUCUCUCCUUUUUUUUCUCUUUCUGCUCGCCGUCGUCCUCGAAUGCGUCCCCCGUGCUCGUCACGACAUUGACCUGUGUCGCCGCCGGACGCCAUCGCCGAUGACAGUCAGCAUCAGCAGCCAGGCCACCCCGAUCGAGGGAGAUUAGCAGCCAGCCAAGCGGCGUCUCUCUCUUUCUCACGCCUGCCAAGAGACACCCACGAGGAAGAUUCCAGGUCUCGAUCCUCGCUGAUACCAUCAUUGGUCGUCAUGAUUAGCUUCGUUCAGUUUUCGCGACCGGUACUGAGAAUUCUGUGAUGAAGGGUGUCGUUACAGUGCGGUGAAAGAGAGGUAUACCUACACCUGUAAAUCCAUCUACCGGGUGUGCCUUUCGAGAAUCGUGAAUACCGAGAUUAGCGAGACUGGAAAUUCGGUAGCAAAAUUCGUCGUCGUCGGUGACGGGGCUCGAGGGUCUCCUCUUCGAGGAGAUUAUCGUGCUGUUGAAAGUGAAAGUUGCGAGAAGGACGAGAGGGGUGCAGUAUAUCUAUUCAAGUAUAUAUAGACGCGCGCGUUGACAGAACGCGGGUUCAAUCAAAGACGUAGAGACGCAGCAACGGAGGAUAGACUGGCAACAAAGGAACCGAAGCGGAUACAACAUGUCAGAUGAGGAAGACAAACCCCCGGCACCCCCUGUUCGAUUGACAUCAAACAGGGGGGAAUCAGCGCCUAAUUUACCAGUGGAUAUGCGUCCGCUGCCUAAGGAGCCGGAUUCUGAUGAACGCAAGAAGAAGACAUUGAAGGGUAAAAUAAAGGUGAAGGAAAACAAGGACAAACCGAAUAUUAGUUAUCCCACGAACUUCGAGCACACCGUGCAUGUCGGAUUUGACGCUGUAACCGGCGAAUUUACGGGUAUGCCGGAGGCAUGGGCAAGAUUGCUUAUGUCUAGCAACAUUAGUAAGCAGGAGCAGAAGAAGAAUCCGCAAGCUGUGUUGGAUGUAUUAAAUUGGUAUGAUAGUAGCAGUAAGGAGGCAAAGGGUUCCAAAUACAUGACCACAACUAAAAUGGUAGGAGUAGUUGACAAAACUUUUUUAGCUCCAAUCGAAAGGGCGAGUAGUCCCCGAAGUAUGGGGAUCGGUAUCGGUACGGGUGUGGGAAAUAUUCGCGGCCAAGCAAUGUCCCAGGCAUCUGGAAGCUCUCAUUCUCAGCAUUCGUUGAGCAGCAGUAGUCCAAGUAGCACGCCGACGGACGCGUGUGCGACCAGCUCGGAACAGGAGGAUGAGCCACCACCUCCGCCGAUCUCCGCGCGGCCGGAACGUACGAAAUCGAUCUAUACGAAACCUAUAGAAGAGGAACCACCGCCACCCCUGACGACUACGCUAGGCUCGCCGCAACGAAACGGCAUGCAACAGCAGCAACAUCAGUCUCAGUUAGAUAGGAAUAAGAAUCAAGCCACACCGACGUCAACAACGACCGAUCAGACGCGACCGGCACAAGGUGAUAAAGCUAGAAAGAAGAAAAUGUCAGACGACGAAAUACUAGAAAAGCUUAGAACAAUUGUGAGCGUAGGAGAUCCUAAUAGAAAGUAUACGAAAAUGGAAAAGAUCGGACAAGGUGCUUCGGGAACAGUAUAUACAGCGAUAGAAACAUCCACUGGUAUGGAGGUUGCAAUAAAACAAAUGAAUCUAUCACAACAGCCAAAGAAAGAGCUUAUAAUAAACGAGAUUCUAGUAAUGCGGGAGAACAAGCAUCCAAACGUUGUAAAUUACUUGGAUAGUUAUUUAGUCGGGGAAGAACUGUGGGUAGUCAUGGAAUAUUUGCCAGGUGGUAGUUUGACGGAUGUUGUGACCGAGACUUGUAUGGACGAAGGUCAAAUUGCCGCAGUGUGCAGAGAAGUACUGCAGGCCCUCGAGUUCCUUCAUUGUAAUCAGGUUAUACACAGGGACAUUAAGUCCGACAAUAUCCUUCUGGGUCUAGACGGAGGAGUGAAGUUGACGGAUUUUGGCUUUUGCGCGCAAAUCUCGCCAGAGCAGAACAAACGGACGACGAUGGUCGGCACGCCGUAUUGGAUGGCGCCAGAAGUGGUGACACGAAAGCAAUACGGACCUAAGGUUGAUAUAUGGUCAUUAGGAAUAAUGGCGAUUGAGAUGAUUGAAGGGGAACCACCGUAUCUGAAUGAAAACCCGUUAAGAGCGUUGUACUUGAUCGCGACAAACGGCAAGCCAGAAAUCAAGGAAAAGGACAAAUUGUCGGGUAUAUUUCAAGAUUUUCUAGAUCAGUGUUUGGAGGUUGAGGUGGAAAAACGGUCUGCGGCUUCCGAACUGUUAAAGCAUCCUUUUCUGAAAUUAGCCAGGCCAUUAGCUUCGUUAACACCUUUAAUAAUGGCAGCGAAGGAAGCUGCCAAAGGUCAUUAAAAGAAACAGUGAUGCGAUUAGAUUGUAGUCGUAAAAGACAUGAGAGUGCGAACGCGACGCGAAAAAAAAGAAAGAAAUAAUGAAUCACCCUCCCAAAACGGAAACGGCACAAUAAUUCAAUAAUAUAUAAUAAAUAUAAACGUAUAUAUAUAUAAAUGAAUAAAUAUACAUAUAUAUACAUGUAUAUAUGCAUACAUAUGUGUAUAACGUAUGUGAAUAUUAUUUUAUUUGCGGCGUCAUGUAUAUGUAUACACAUACGCAUGCAUAUAUUCAUUACGUAUGCAUAUAGAUUGAUAGAUAGAACAUAUUCGAUACCGUGAUGGAGUAUCGAGGGAACGGUUAAAAAAAAAAAUGCUCGAUUCUCGCAUCUUGCGAGCGCGAACAACAAAGUUAAAUCAGAAAAAGCUAUGAGCGAUCUGAUGGCAGAGAUCUUGUUUUCCUCGAUAAAAAAAUCUAAUUACAAUUGGGGCGUGUAAAAAUGAACUCAAAAAAGUCUUAGCUUAGUUUUGAAAGGAAAUAAAAAUGAAACGUAUUUCACAAAGCAUACGCUGUUGCCUGAGAUGAGCUUUUGCCGCAAUUUUGAUGGAUUAUCAUCGAGGAAAUACAAGCGUGCGCGCUCGCGCGAUCGUCAGUUAUUUUCUAAAAAUAUGAAACUAGUAUUAUACUAAUUCUCUAAAAAAUGAAAAAAAGAAAGAAAAUUCAAAUCGGGGAGAGAGAGAGUUAGCAAGAAACGCAUAUUAUUUAUAGCGCGAGAAUCUUAAUAGAUAAUACCACAAACAAAUGUGUGAACAAGUGCAUAGGACCUAUUCUAAUAUAUUAUUGUUUAAUGAGAGAUCGUAGACAGAAAGAAGUUUGGUCUUCGUGUCGGACUUGUAUUUUUCGACAGAGAUUACGCGGUGAAGCAGAGCAAUAUGUUUUUGGUGUGUUUUGAUCGGAUUAGCGCGACGAAUAGAUGUGUAAGCGGUAGAGUAUAACUUGUUUUCAACGUUCUUAAGAAUUACGUACUGAUCAUUGAUUAUAUUUGAUUCGUUGUUGAUUCAGUUUCCUUAUGCUGAAGAGAGAAAUUAUUUUAGCAAUUAAUUUCCUCGUAUAAAAAUAUCGCAAUUUAUAUGUUGGCAAUUUACAAUAUAGAGAAAUUGGUUCACAUAUGCUCUGAGCCAAUUGCGUAAGAAUUGCAUAUCUCGUUUGAGGCUGCUAACUUAACUUUAUAACGAAGAGAUGAGACUUUUUCUCAUUUGCGCCGUUAAAAAAAAGAAAAAGAAAGAGAGACACGUGUUAAGACAUGAAACUUACCAAGGUUUACUAUUUAGUCGAUAAGAACAUCUUUCCGAGGGCAAAAUGUUUGUCUGCAUCACGUGUGUUCUUCGCUGUAAGUCCAACGUAACUGUCUUUAACGUGUCUUGCAGAACAAAAGGGAAAGAAGAGAUGAUAGAAACGAUUGAUAUGAAACUGUAAAACAAGGUUCAGACGUAGAAGCAUUUUGUGACACUAUAAAGUGCCUGUCUUGUCGUUUAGAGACGUGAAGAAGAAAAAAAAAAAAGAAAACUCGCGUUAGAUUUCUUAUGAACCACCGUAUUACGACUUACGAUACGUAAUAUUUCGUUUUAGCACAUGGGAGAGAAGAGAAAAAUAACAAAUAAUCGAAUACACACACAUACAUAUAUAAUGGAGUUGAGUUGUAUUGUACGUUUUGUGUAGAACGAGUUGUGGUUCCGUAUGUAUGGUUGUAUUUGCAUCGAACAUUAUCGAGAUAUGUCUUUCCUAAUAUUGUAUUAUAUAUCAUCCGAGCGUCAUUGCGUCAUCGAAAAAAAACGAAUAUCUUAGAAGUACAUUAUCUUAUCAUUUAGUUAUCUUAGAUAAUACAGUGACUAUUAGAUUUUCGUAUCGCCCUUUUUUUAUUUUCCUCAUUUUAUGUACAUCGUCCAUUAUUCGACUGAAGUAUCUGUCGCGUGAAAGGCCAAAAAAGAAACAAAAAAGGGCACCAAGCCUGAUGUUGAUGAACAUCAAUGAUAGAAAGCGUAGAUAGAAUACGAGCCAAUUUGCAGAUCCUCAUGCAAAUAAAUUUUUUAUUGUAACAUUAAUACAAUCAUAAGACGAUUUUGAAUGUAAGAAUGUCGGAAUUGUAGAAGAAUUAUAUGUAAAUUUUUAUUUGUAAAUUUUUUUCUAUGGCAAGAAGAGAAAAAAAAAAAAGAAAUAUCGGGGCUAAGAAGAAAAAAAUCUUCUCUAAAUAAACAUCCGCGUUCCAUUCCGGAUAAUCCGAGCUCGACGUUCUUCUUUUUUCCUUCCGAGUUUCGAAAGUACGUGAGUAGCACAUACUUGUCCGGUUUUCGCGCGGUGGAUAAAUGACUCUCGGUCGACGAGAUUUUUCGUUAUACAUGUAUGUAUAGGACUCGUAUAUAAAUUAAUAUUAACUAAAACCAUGUGAAAAUAUGAUUAUGAUAGUUAUAAAUCGAGAAAUUAACGAUAUACUUAUAUUGCAUACGAAAUGAGACGAAAGAAGGAAAAGGAAGAGAAGCCCGUAUAUGUUAUUUGAUAAUCGUAUGUAUCCACUUUUCGACGAGUUUAUUUUGUUCUUCCUUUUUUGUAGUAUCAUCUUUUGAAGAAAAGCCUGAUUAGAUUUUUAUAAUGUUUGACUGUACUUGAUCGAGAACGAGCGAAAGCAGCUCAGUUUGUAUUGACAUUCACGAUCGAAUUUAGGGUCGGUAUGCCGAAGGAAACUUGAUGCAAUUUAUUUUUAGAGGGACUUCAGGAACCAAAAUAAAAUAUAAAAUAGAAUAUAUUAAUUAAAUUUCCAUCUUCUUUAUUCAGUAUUCCGCGAACGUAUCGCAAUGCGUUUUGCAGUUAUCUCCACUUCGGCGUCCGUUUUUAAAAUCGAUCGGAUUGUUGAUAGGAGACAAAAUAACGUGCGCACGUCUUAGUAUUAACGAAAGAAAAAAGUAUGAGUGUGUAAAAAAAUAUAAAAAUAAAGAAUGGUGCGAUCCCCAGGGUUAAAGUUGACGAUCAGAAGCACUAAAAAGAGCGAGGUCCUGCAUUUUCACAAAUAUCUUAGCGCGACUUUCUCCUCUAUUUACGUUUUUUUUUCUUCGGCAGUUAUAUUUUAACAAAUAUAUAUUAUAGCAGCUAUUACAAUUAAUGUCUUUAAUUUUAUUUACGCAAAUCGGGUCGCGCGAGAUGCAAAAUUGCCUGCAUAAGAUAUCACCCGAUCGAUGCACACCCUGAUUAAAGCGCAUCUUAGCGUGUAGAUAGAUGUUCGCUGAUAAUGGUACCGAAUGAUCCUUUUAUCGCGUGAACAAAAGUACAAAAAUUGUACCAAGCAUGCCUUAUCGUAAUAAUAAUAAGUGAUGCAUUACGAAAGUACUCAUUAUUUUUGACAUUGACAAACGAAUCGCAAACGUACAAGAGCUCUGAAAAAAAAUGCGAGCAGGCGAAUCUUUUAACGUAAAAAGAAAAUGCGGGCAUCUUUGCAUCCGAUUAUGCAUCCAUAUUUUAAUCCUUCCAAUUGCAUUUAAUUAUUCGCUAUGUGGGUACUACGUGUAUUAUCUUGUCUCGGUUUUUAGAUAAAAAUAGGUUCCUAAUGUGAAUCAUAUUAAGUAUGUGUAUGCAUGUUUUAUCUAGCAUUUUACGAUGUUUUUGAAAAUGCUUUGUGAUCUCCGAAUGAAAGAAAUAAGUAGUAGGCCUAUAGUAACAAAGUCGCUAUUUUACUGCUGAGAUUGAAAAAAAAGAAGCUUCGACCCUUCCCGAUGGAGGAAGGUUCGUUCGACUUUAACUUUUGUAAGAAAGAAACGCAUUUAUCGGAAAACAUUUGGCAGAAAUCUGGUCUCUCAGGAAGAAUAUUUGAAAUUUUUGUGAUGAGAUAAAAGUUUCAAAGUAAAGGAGUGCAAAAAAAAAAAAACAAAAACAGAAAAAGGAAUAAUGAAUUGUAAAAAUAAUGCCUAGAAUUUUGCGCAUAUAUUGUAUUAUAACACCUUUCAGUUUGUUUUGAAACGUUAUAAUAUAAGAAAACAUUUUAUAACAAACAAA